AUGUCUCGAAUUCAUACAUUGUCAGAUAUAAGCGAAGGUAAUAAACUUGGAGACUUACUAUCCAAUCGAUAUCCACCCAGCCGAACGAAACUUGAAAACCUGCUUAAUCAAGCAAAUCAUGAUCAUGAAAUUGCUAUAGAAUGUGGCAAUCGACUUGCUUAUAAAUGCUCUAUCUUGGAUAAAAACAAUAAGCAUAUGCAACAGGAUCUAAAUCGAUCCAAUAAAGAUAAAGAGAAACUCACUAAGCAUACCUAUCAGCUUAUAGAUGAAGUAAAACAAUUGCAUUCAGAGUUAGAUACUCUAACAUUCCAGAUUACUCGCAAAGAUAUUUAUCUUAAAGAAUCUAAGAUUAAGAUAAAAGAUCUCCUGUCUAAGAUAAAAAUAUUGGAAAUAAAACUAUCUUCAACUCAGAAUAAAUCAAAGGAAAUUACAGCACUUCGGUCUAUAAAAAAAAUACUAGAAAAUAAGUUAGAAUCAGCUCAAAAGGAUGCAUUCUCAACUCAGGAAGAGAUAGUAAAAAAAGAAUCUGAGAUCAUAUUUCUCAAGUCUAAAUUAAUCAAUAUAAAGAAUGAACUAAUGAAUACAAAGGAUAAAUUAGCUUUAAAAAUUAAUGAAAUUGAGUGUUUAGGCACUUUACGUUCUGCUUUGCAGAAAACAAAAGAUAUAUUGGAUCCUGUAAUUAGGGGAGGUACAGAAAAAAAUAUGCAGAGUAAGGAACAAAGUUUCAUAUCAAAUUCUGGAGACACAUCAGAAAAAUCAGAGAUUUGA